UACGAAGAGAAAUUUUAGCGAAUCGAAGGUAUAUUUGUGUUUUUCCGUGUGUCUUCUCGUCGAUCUGGUCGCACAUAUGCCUAAAGCGCAGGUUUCGAGGUCCCAAGGUCUGGAGCGGGUCGCGGAGGAGUUGAUGGGCCGUAGGAGAUGGAAGCAAUAUCAGGACACCCUGUACAGCGGCACUCGCAGCACGGACAACGCGUCAACGGCGACGAGCCAGCAUCACCAGCAACAGCUUCAACUGCAACUCCAGCAGCUGGCGCAGCAGGUGCAGCAGGCAAAGCCGGGGGACACAGCCCAGCAGUCGAUAAAGUCUGGCUUGGCAAAUCAUCAGCAGCGCAGCGGCAGCACAACGACAAAUUGCACGUCGGCUGUCGUCGCGGGGGGCGGUGUCAGCGAGCACUCGCCCCGUCGCGCCGACGAGACAGGGGCCAUCAUCACGGGCGGCCCGGAGAACGGCCGGCUCGCCGAAGGUGCCCGGGAAAACGGUGCCACCGGGGCGAGCAGCGAGCAGAACGGCAACAGCGAGCAGCUCGAAGACGUUGUUAUUGCUACCGGCGAAGAUCUAUCGCUAACCGCGAAAGACGUCACGGAGACUACUCGCGUCGACGAGGAGGACGAAGAGGCCACGGCUGCCCAGAGGAUCAAGAGGGAACGACUCGACGAGAGGAUAAGGCUGAGCCCGCUCAGGGAGGACGACGGACGGCAGGAACCACGGCCGGAUCACAAGACCAACGACACGGAAGGGACCAAGGAAGUGAAGGAGGAAACGGCAGAGCGGCCGCAGGUGACGCAAGGCCUGCUGAGGGUAAAGAAGGAGGAGGAGCUGCAGGAGACACCGGGUCCCGGUGGCGGCGGUGGUGGUCUACUCUGUCCGAAUCGGCCGACCUCGACACCGCUCAACAACAACGGCUCAAGCACUGCAGCCGAGUUGCAGCGAAGCGCCUCGACGCCACCGAAAAAGGAAGUUAUCUUCUGCACGCCGACGUACUUGCUUGGACGACGAGCGAGUCCGCCACCCGAGGACUGGAAGCCGCUGGACAAGUGUUACUUUUGUCUCGAUGGCAAGCUGCCGCACGACGAGCAGCCACCUCUUGACUGCGCAUCUGACCAAGUCCGGUCUUGUGCCCGGCAGAGUCCGCAAAGCGACAGCAGCAACAGCUCCCGCUCGGCCGAGUCGCCCAUGUCGGUGCAGGUCGAUCCAAUGGCGGCGUCGGUCGUCGCUGCUGCUCUUAGCGGCACAUACCCGACGCUGCUGCCCCAGUGGUGUCUGCCACCACGGGAACCACCGCACAUCAUCGCCGCAGCGGCUGCCGCUGCCGCGGCCGCCCAUCAGCAGGAGAACCAAGGCGCCGAUCAGCCGCUCGAUCUCUCCGCGAAGCCCAAAAACUCUCAGGACAACAACAUAUCUAUACUGGAACAACAAAAGAUACCUCUACGAAUGUCAGCAGCCAUCGAUCCAAAAGCUAUUUUUAACAGCUCAUGCUACCGAGCGAAGCCAAGGGUGACGGGCGCGGUGUCGGGUGCGGCGCUGACGACAACCGGCGGAGGAGGCGGUGGCGGCAGGCGCACCUACACCGAGGACGAGCUUCAGGCCGCGCUGCGCGACAUCCAGAGCGGCAAACUCGGGACGAGACGAGCCGCCGUCCUCUAUGGCAUUCCACGGUCGACGCUUCGCAACAAGGUCUACAAGCUCGCGAUGGAGCGCGAGAGGGACGCGUCCCUCUCGGCGGCGGCAAAUUCUACCACGAGCAUCAGCACGACCACUACCUCCUCCACGACCACCGCGAAUCAACAUCAACAACACAACAACGAGGUGACGGUGACGACGGUGACUGGUGCCAACGCGGCGAGCUCGACGCCCACCACCAGUAUCGCCAGCACCAGCACCAGCACCACCACCACAACCAUCACCACACCAAAUACGACCCGACAAAACGCGGCCUCCGCGACCACUCCGCUCCCGCAAGUGGACGAGGCGGACGAGAAGGAGCUGUCGGGUGCCGAAGAGGAAAAGGAGGUGGAGAAGGCCCUGCUGAAGCCGUUGCUCUCGCUCGAGGACCUCGUGAGGUUCUCCAGCCUCGAGGGCAGUGGUGGCGAGUCGCUGAGGCAGCUGCUGCAACGCGGACAGGACACCGGUGCCGCCGAGUGGUCGGCCUUCGAACACGCCAACAUCGGGCCUUACAUACAGAAGAUGCUCGCCGCCGCCUCGCCAUUUAACAAAGUCUUUAUCGAUGCAGCAGGACUGGAGUCGCAAGACUACAGGAUCCCGGAAGUCAUGCGUCGGCUCAUGUGCGAGGACAAGAAGCUCAGCAAAGAGGCUAACGUCAACGGCGACCAGGUCCAGCACAUCCACCAAGUUUCGCUGCAGCACCGUCUGCCCCAGUCGGGCCAGCGGGCGCCGAUGACGAACGACGACUUUAACCCGGCGAUCGAGGAAGAGGCAAGCGACAGUGGCCAGGGCCGACCCAUCCUCAAGAUUCCGUCCUACAAGCCGGCGAGCAGCACGACGCCAGGUCCGAGCAAGAACGGCGCUGAGCCCAACGCGGCUGCGACGGCUUUUGCUCAGAGCUUCGCUGCUGCAGCUGCCGCUGCGGCCAAUGCCGUUGCUGGUAGUCCUGGUCUCCUUGAACGCGCCAGUCCCGCGUUCUCUGGAACGAGCUCGCCCACCAAUUCGCUCGUCGGCAAAGGCAUGGCUGUCAACUUCCGCGACGUCAUCGCCAAGAGCAUCAGCGUCAAGUUCCAGGAGGGACAGCAGCCUACCGGCAUGCCUGGUCAAGGAGGUCAGUCGAGUCAGUCGAUGAUCGCGGAGCCGAAUCCGUACAAGAGGGGUCGUUACACGCCUCCUCAACAAUCGCAACAAGGCGGCGGCCAGCACUCGGCGCAUCAACAAUCGCAACAGUCGAAGAACGCGGCCCAGCAACAGGCCCAACAAGACAAGAACCAGAACAAGUCGGGUGCCGGUGGUAAAGGUACAAGACCCAAGCGCGGCAAGUACCGCAACUACGACAGGGAUAGCCUCGUCGAAGCCGUCAGGGCUGUGCAGAGGGGCGAGAUGAGCGUCCACAGAGCCGGCAGCUACUACGGCGUUCCACAUUCCACACUCGAGUACAAAGUCAAGGAGCGGCAUCUCAUGAGGCCGAGGAAGAGGGAUCAAAAGCAACCAGACGACAAAGCGAAGGAGCCAACGGCGACAGGCGCAGCUAUCCGUACAACACCCGCGGCGACGCCGGAAAAGAAACCUCUGCUGAAGCCGCAAAAGCCUUUCACCCCAGCAGCCGGAGCUGGUGGUAUGCCAGGACCCAACGGUUUGAAAAUGCCUCCGUUUAUGGAAGGCAUGCCGCCUAUGGCGUUCGGUCACCCUUUCAACUUUUGGGGCCCGACGCCCUUUAUGCCCUCGCCCUUCAUACCUGGAGGGCCCAACGUCCCAGGUAUUCUACCGGAGCAGUACUUUGCCUCGCAGCGCAUGCGCGGCCUCCAGGAACAGCAGCGCAAUGCCAUCGUCCAGCAGCAACAGCGGGACAGCGCCACUGCCGAACAGCCAGGUACGUCGAAUUCAAGGGGUACCUCGCUGAUAAAAUCCCCGCGUGAGAUGGCUGAGUCCCUGUACGACGGAACGGCAGCGAACGGCAGCUUCCUGGACAACCUGAUAAGGUCGAGCCUGGAACCCGGUGCGGCGCGAAGCAACGCGUCUUCUCAACAGGCGACGCAGCAGCAGCCGGAGAAUAUGGGCGGUAGUAAGGUCCUGAUCGACCAGCUGUGCAGGAAUUCACGGCGCACGCCGCUGCCGCGAGCGAUGCAGCAGGACAGCAGCGAGGACGAGGCGCCGGUUGGCUACAAGGCCGCGAGGCCGCUACCUGAGCGACCUGAACGCGUACCGACAGUCGACCUGAGCCCAUCGCCUUCGGAGCGAGCCAGGGCCACGGACGAAGGCAGCGAUAGGGGACUGGCCUCGCCACCUACGCCGCUGUCGCUGUCUAGGCUCAGCGGCUCUGGCAGGGAGGACGAGACCACCCGGGAUUCGAGGAGUAGCCGAGAACGCGAGGUACAGAAUGGAGGCGGCAGCGACAAGUCGGAGGAGCGCCAGGACUCCAGCACCAAGAAGCUGAACCACUACCCGGAAAUACACAACCUCUACGCCGUGUCAACUGACAAAAAAAGUGCCUGUGAUAGUAAGCUUAUAGUAGAUCAUUCGAGCCAGAAGACUCAGCAACACAAGGAUAAUUUCGCGGCCGCCGCGGGCGCGGCUGUUGGCCUGGCGUCGCAGCUGCAGCGUAGCGGCUACAAUAACAUGAACAGCAGCGGCACGGCUGCCGCGGGUAACGGCCACACACGGCCGACUACCCCCUGCAACAAUCAGUCGUCCUCGGAACGAGCCGACUCACCGCAGGAGCAAGUCUCCUCGCCGCAGCCGCCAAGUCCAGCUCAAGCCCAGCUCGUGCUCAUGGAGGAGACGGUGGAGCAGUAGUGAGUGCUGCUCUUGUACUGCGAGAGCGAGAACGAUAUACGAUAUAUCAACAUGUGAAUAUAAGUACUACUGUUAUACGCUUAAUCAUAUAAAAAAUUGAGGGGCGGUUAUAGGAGAGAGCGAGAGAGAGUUAACUGAACGCGCGCAGUUUACACACACUAUACGUUCUUUCGAAAGCGAGUCUUUGCGAAGGAGGUUUAUAGGAGGAACAAAUUUUACGAGUACGAUCCUAGAUAAUUAAUCGAGCGAGAGUAAGGAGAUUAUACGACGAUGAUACGACCCUUCCGGUGAAGCCCUGACACUUGAAAAAAAAAAUAAACGUAAUGAAAAAAAUAACAUACGAUUCAUACAUAUACACACGUACAUGAGAACGCGUACACCCUCGUCCUGUACUACCACCACCACCGAUACCAUACAUACAUACCCUUGUAGAGAGAUACGCGAUGAUGUAGACACGCGACCGAAACGAUGCGAUGAUCGAGCUUCCAUCUGAAUCUAACGCACUUUGUCUAUAACUGUCUAAUCUUUCUAUCGCGACUCUAUACUGCUUUUACUCUAAUACCCGCCUGCACUACUCCGUCAAAAUCCAUACAUACCCUCUCUAUACCCGCAUAAAAAGAGCGAAAUUUCGAGAAUGCUAUAAAGUUAUACGCGUCGCCGACGCGACCAGACCGCAUAACGCAUUUCCUUCUUUGCAAAACAUUAGGUUAAACUCUGAGUCUCGAAACAAGCCAGAACGAAGUGACGUGAGUUAAACGUUGAGCGCCAGAUGAUGAAUAGCCAAGCAAAACCAAAAAAAGCCACACAUAGCGUAUGCGACCAAACCGCCAUACGACAGCAAACCACCUCAAUACCCACGAUUCCGACAGUUACAAUAUAUGCGCCGCGUCUCACAGGUCUGCGGGGACGAGAGUCCUUCUGAUGUAUAAUGCGUCUCGCGACCUCGUGGUACCUGCGCGGUACGAAUCUUUCGACUAAAUAUGGAGAAAGAAUGAUGAGAAAGUGUGAGAGAGCGAGAGAGAAAAUAUAUAUGGUAUACCGAGACGAUUCAAAAGGAACGAUAAUAGCCGAGCGGACGCGCAUCGUUCUCACAAUGCGCUCCGCCGUAUACACAGAUUACACAUACACUUGUAACACACGAAGGAGAUACAACACGUAAGCAGACACACACUGUAACAACAAUCAUAUUUUACACAAAUUUAAAAUAAUUAAAAAAAAAUACAAAAACAAACCUUAACGUCUAAAAACCCGCGCAAGCAUAUUUCAAUCCAGACCACCCCCCACACACACAUCUGUCCCCCCAUUUAAAGCCAGGAACUAUACGUGUGAUUUGUAUAAAUAAAAAUUCCCAUGUAUGCGAUCACGAAGUAAAAAUAAAAAAAAAUAUAAAUAUAUGUGUACGGUUAAAAAAAAGUGAACGGAUGACUGUGAAGUUAUCUAUAGUGAAAGGGAGAAAAAGACACGUAUAAUACAUGCGAGGUUCACCGGAUACCAAUCCACACUGUUUCUUAUUAGUUGUGAUUAAUCGAUAUCGUGGUUCAUCAUUAAACAAAAAGUAAAAAAGUAAAAACGAUAAAGCGAGCGUUUCAAGAACGAAAAAAAAAACUACGCUAUAGAAAGGUUUUAAGAAAACAAAUUGACAUGCGCAACGUAUUUUUUUCUCUAUCACUGUAAAACUACCUAACGUAUGGGAAAAAACUUAUACCUACUAUUAAACACUACUUAACGUUUAAGGAGGCAACGUAACUAUAUAAGAAUGAUAUAUUAUAUAUAUAUACAUAUACAUAUACAUAUACAUAUAUUUUUGGUCAUUAAAGAAGAUAAAGAAGAAAAAACGGGAGAACAUGAAGACGAAGAAUUAGUGGGAGCGAAGGAGACGAUGAUGCUAACCAAGACUUUUGUUGGUGCGCGUCAACGCGUGUUUUUCACAAAGCGACAAUAUUCUCUGAUAUAUCAGUUUCUUCGGGCCGACGUUUCGAACUUACAGUUCUGCGAGGUGAAAAUGGAGUAUAUCAGUUUAUUAAAAUGAAGGACACACAUAGGAGAAAAGAAUAAAGUUUGGAGCAAAUCUGGAGGAAAUCUUAGCGGAGCCAAGUCCGCGUAGAGAGAUCACGUUCGCCCUCGUCACCGAUGGAAGAGAAAGAGCAUGGAGAAUUGAGAUUGGGAAAAGGAAAAGAACAAGUCCACGCAAAACACACGUUUUUUAUACGAAAACCAACAAACGAACAAAAACCGCAAAUUUUCUACCGCUUGCGCGAACAUUUUUACCAUAGAGACAAGAUGAUAAUAAGGCUACUUACUACCCGACAAACCCUUUUCCCACCCGUUCAAUCGUCACGGAUUCUCAGUAUAUGUACGAGCUCACGAUCGGACUUUGUAUCUUUGACCAGGGUAUGGAAGAUAUUGCAAAGGGAUGCACAAAUCACUCGUCGCCUAUGUACAACGGAGCACUCGACUUUCAAGAAUGAAAAUUUUCAAACUAAAAUGAAGGUUAUAGUCCUCGUCCAUUCUAUUUUUAAUCGUAGAAAUUCGCAUUUAAGACUAUCGCAUCCUAAAUUUUCAAGUUCCUGAAGCGUUAGCUCUCGAGCUGCGCGCUGUAUCCGUAAAGUUACUGUGAAAAGAGACAAACAGAAACGAUGAAAUUGACGAUUCCUUUAAACUCCGUUGGGAUAGGCGUGCCCUCAAGCGUCGGAAGAGCAAUUUUUUAUUAGAAUUUUGGAGGCCCCGGAAGAGUCCGAUCGCGACGAGGCAUCACGAGGAUCCGAAACGUUGAUAGACUGUUUCGAGAGAGAUUAAUGAAAAGAGAAGAUUCACCGAAGACGAAGAGGAUAAAAACACGUAGUAGGAAGAGGAAGACCACCCAUAAUCAAAAAUAAAUAAAAGACCACAUCAGAGAGAGAUAGGAGGUUGAAGAAAAUGAUAAGAAAAGUUUUUAAAAAAUCAGCAAAAAAUAAGCGCACUCAUCAUGACUCUUAUUCGACUGAAACUUUAGGCUGUAAAUAAACUAAGGCAUGUAUGUUCGGUGUUUUAAAAAAAUGCAAGCAUUUCCUUAUAAUAAAGAAUAUUUAAAAAAAAAUUACUAUACACGAAAAAAUCACGUAUAAAUGGCAAGGCUACUCUCUUGGUGUUUUUGGAAACUUAAACUUAAAUUUAUUCGUGCUGAAUCAGUGCGCGAGUUAUUAUCGAGUGUGUAAAAGAUUUUUAAGGUCUCACUUUAGGCUAGCGGAAAAAACAAAAGACUUUCUCAAGGUUUUAAGGGAUUAUAUAGAAAAAAAUACAAAAAAAUAAAUUAAUAAACAAGACUUAUGGGAACGACGCAGAACGAAGAGAAGCAGGUAAUGCAUGUGUAUCGCCUAACAGAAAAAUUUCAUAUAUGGAUUUCAUAUAUGGGUGAAGAGGAAGUUUCGGGAUACGCCUUGAGAAGAAACAUGAGUAACAAAAACGUAUGAUAAAAAACUCUUCAUUCUAAGUGUUCACUAUUCCCCAACCUGAGAAAAAUAAAAAAACUCAAGGCCGUUCGCGGAGAAAGAUUAAAAAACAUAAAGAGGCUUAAAUGUAAUACACAGACACACGAAUCACCAUACGAAAAAAAAACGCUCAUCCAUUAUAUAUAAUGAUAUUUAGGAGACAUUGUAUCUCGUACUACGUCAUCUUAUAUCGUAAAUGCAUGGCUAAUAUGACUUACGAUGUGAUAGAUGCUCGAGAUGAACUGUUGAUUUAGCAAAUGUUUUAUAAAUAGCUACUCUAGGCCGUUAUUUCGUUGACACGUUUUUGUCGUUAACUAUAAGUAAGUUUGCGGUGUUUCAAAGUAACUUUAUUCGUAUCAUUCCACAUUUAUACAAUAAUAAAAAAGAACAACUGCGAUUUGACAAUAAUUUAGAGAAUCACAGACCGUGUCAACAGUUCAUCUGCAAAAUGCUUUAAUUGUCACGCAUGUACACAAGGAAAUACCACAUACCAUUUAUAUCAUUAUAUGUAAUUCGUUGAAAUCGAGCGCGAACUAUAUUGAUGUUUAAAUUAAUUUUGAAAAUUGUAAUAUUUCGUAAACGUACCGCAAGAUAAUUGUUCUAGAAAUAAAAAAAGAAAUGUAUCUUCCAUAAAAAAAUAUCAAUAUUUCGCGCGCUCGAUUGACAAAGUAAACAAGUGACACACAGAGCAAAAGAUACACUUCUAAUCGUGGUCCACUUUUCCAAGCACACUAAAAACUGUCCCUAAAAUGCGAGCCUGCUCUUUCUCCCCGAGACUCAUUAUUCUCUAUAAAGAAAACAAAUUUAUCGUUAGAUGUGAAAAUUAUAUAUUAUUAUAUACAAAUGAAUCUAUCGCUAUCGUGAUUGUCGUUUUUAAACAAAAAAAAAAGUUACGAUUAAGUACACGUUGCGACGCGCUCGCUGGAAAAUUUAAGAGAUAAAAAACAUUUAGGCAUAAGGAGAAAACAAGUUAGCGUAUAAAAAAGGAGUCGUCUCUCGAACUCAUCCAAAGCGCUUAUAGUCGUUCUACGGUCGAGUUUGGUGAAAAUCGAAGUUUCAAACGGUUGCUAGAGAAUUAAAUGAGGUUUAAGUAUGGAAAUGGAAAAAAUUGGUAUACGAUCGCGCCUUCCGAUGACGCCUCUACGAUUGCCUCGUCGCGCGGACGUUCGAAUGUAUGAUUAGGAUCUCCUCGUGAAAAAAUGAAACUAUUUUUGUAAACUGAAAGAAUUGUUUCUGAACAUCCUGAAAAAAAUGUUGACUGUCAAGCUUUGCUUUAAUAUAUCGUAUAAAAAAAAAUUAUUUAUAUUUCAAAAUCCAUCUUUACUUGUAUGAGAAAGACGAAAAUGAACAAUCGGUAGAUAUCGCUAGUUAAAAAAAUUGGCACACACGCGAUUGCAAGAGUUGUGAGAACAUUCUAAAGUCCAGCUCGACGAGGCAGCUUCGAGGCUUGUAAUUCGUGCGAUUUUUUCUUUUCUAAAGAAAACGAGAGUGUGAACGAUUCCUUCUACAGAUCGAAAAAAAAAACAAAUCGAAUCGUUCGAUCGACGAAUAUCGCGACUCUUUUUUGACGAGGAAGGCUCGUGCUGCAGCGGUGCUUUGACUUUCCCUCACCUCGCUGUCUUCCAUCCCGCGAGUUUUUCCGCAAUCUCACGAACUCGUUCGUUAUUUUUUGAAUCUAUUAAAGUAAAGGAAAGACAGAUAAAAUAACAAAAACGCGGUAAUAUGUGAAAAAAAUGAUGAUGAUAAUUAUACUUUUAGGAAAAUUAAUUAGUUGUUAUAAACAUAAUACUUAAUGCGUAAGUAUAAUUAAUUAAUUGUGUAAUUAGAUAUCACAAAGUUGCCUUUGAAUGCGUGAUUUUUUGAUAAUUUAAAGUGAAACUCGAAGUGAUCUAAAGAUUGUAUAAAGAUUUUAUUAUAUUUAAAAUGUAACUUAUCGUCGUGUGUGCGGGACGCCAAUGACACGUUCGUUUGCACGCACGUAAAAUCAAAAAGGAUAAGAAAAAAUGGAACAAUGCGACUGUAGAGAUCGGGGGAAGACUCGCCCGGUACGAAUCACACAUAAAUACGAUGUACGAGUUUAAAGAUCCGAGCGAGAGAAAGUCAAAGUCGAAUGGGCCCGUCGCCUUCCCGCGACGAGAGGCGAAAUCGGGUAGAUAUUAUAUAUUAGUUGAUCGAUAUAAUUGAAGAGUAAAACAUAAAGUGAAGUAAAAAAGGAAGAGAGAGAGAAAGAGGAAGAAGGCGUGGGCGAUAAGCGGGGUAGAAAAGAGGAAAAAAUUUUUAAGAUUUAAAAGCGAAGAUAAAUGAAUAUAUAUAUAUAUAUAAAUAUAUAUUAUAUUAUAUUAAAAUAUCUGUGAUGUAAAAAAGUAACAAAAUUUUGAUGUAUAUUUUUCACAAGAUAUCGUAAUCCAACUAGUGUAUACUUUCGGUAAGAUUAUGAUAUAUUGACUAUUGUAAUUAAAGCAGAGGAAAACGAUGAAAAGAGGAAAUAGGAGUAUAGGAUGAUUAAAAAAAAUUAAAGAAAACAAUGCGAAGCUGAAUAUAUAAACAGUGGCGCGCGAGAUAAAGUUUAUAGUUAAGGACACUUAUUAGACACGGGGUCCACAUUAACCGGUGGUCGGACGGGACCAAGAUGGCGGGCAUCGCUCCAAGAGUCGGGCCCAAUGAUUCCCGUUUUUUCCCCUUUUUUCUGUACAACGCUAUACGUCGUGCAUUUAUUUUGUCUUGGACGUCGGUAUACACAUAGUCUAUUUUCAAACUUUUCUUUAUAUCUCGGUAUUACUCUGCACCGCGAAAAUCAGUCGUCCCAAGCAGUUCUACACAUUUUUGAGAAUUUUGUUCAAUACCUGUUGGAAAGGCAUUUGCGCGAAUCGUGGGGCUAAUGAUUUAACUGAUACAAACGUGGAUCAAUGCUUGAGAUGUAUACUUUUUUACAAUCAUUUCUGUGCCAAGUAUCACUUGUUCUUGAAUUCAAUAUUUUCCAUCUUUUAUACGAAUUGCAGAGAUAAAAUUCAACAAGUAUAUACUUUUAUAAAUUUCAUCACGUUUUCAUUGAAUUUUUAUACGUAUUAUAAUUGUUUUUAUAUUUACUCGUUUGCGUGCGUACAAUCUGAAAAAUCACGUAAUGACCAUUUUCCAAUAUGUCGCGAAAAAGUUGCGUCAAAAUGUGUAGAAAUUGCUUUAUCGAUGUUUUCGCUUUCGUAUAAAUAACAGCUCGGUUUUUCACAGGUCCAAACAAAAUAUCAAGGGGGAUGAUUGCAUACAGAUUAAAUUUCGUUUGGAGUGCAACGCACGAUGCGUAUGUCAAAAUUACCUCUCACGAACUUUCAAUAAAAAGGUCAAGGUGCUUAAGAAAAAAUGCAUAAACUCGCGAUGUAUAACCAAAAUUCCGUUUCGGCCGGAAAAAUUUAACUUCUUGAAAAGAUAAGAAAAUCGAGUGUAAGCUAGAUCCUUAUAGUUUUAUCGUUCCGUUAUGAUUUCUUCACGCGUAACAUAACAUGUAUGUGUAUCGAUGCCUAAAUCUCCGGAAAAUCUCUUUUUAAUCUCGAAAACGAAAAACUUAUGCGCACUAAAUUUAAAUAUAUGCUCAAAUGAUUGUAUACGAAAGCAGCCUUUGGUCGUACAAAAUAAAUGAUAAUUUUUUCAGAUGUAAAAUAGGUACUGUAAUUAAACGGAUUUUACAAAUUUUUGCAUAGAUGUUCAUACGAUAAAUCAGAGGCUUAAAAGAGAUUUUCUAAAAAAAAAAAAUAAUACAAAACAAAACAAACGUCCCUUGUAAACGGUGUCGCCGCUACUCACCUCCAGAAACUGGAAGAUUUGGUCCGAUUGGCCCUGAAACGGCUCAAUGUCAACUACCUCAACAGUUGUCGCCAGCUUCGGUAGAAUUUUUCAAGCGCGAUUCGUGCUCGGAUGUCGUCUAAAAGUCCGUCAAAUUUUAUUAUCAACGUUUAGCUUGCGCAAUUUCUCUUUUUUCAAUUUUUCUACGCAGUCAUAAUCAUCGCUUCGACUUUUAAUAGUUUAUGUAUCUUUGUACUUUUGUAUAUUUUUUACCUUCUUGUAAAGAUCAUUUUUCAACCAUUUUCAUUUUAUACAACGGAUCGAUAUCGAAUCUGAAAUCUUAAAUCUCUAAGUUUAAACGCGUAAAAUUGAAAUAUACUUUAGACAUCCGUAGCAUUGGACAUUUAUUAAGGUCUAAGCAGUUCCAAAUUGUGCCUAAGUUUUUUUAGGAUUACGUUUUUUAUAAAUAUCAACCCAGUGAGAUAUUCUGGGCGGGUGGAUAAGGAUAGAGAAAAACUCGAAAAACCGAAAGAUCCUUCGAAAAGCUUAUUUAAAAAAAAACUGGCGAAACGGUCUACGAAAAAAAAUAGCGAGACAUACUGGAAGGAAGCUUUAGAUAGAGUGUAAACGGAAAGCGAGUUAACGAAACAUUUGUACAUAAAAAAAAAACAUAAUGAGCGUGUACCUCCUGCGUUUUCAGGGCCGCCCGGCCGCCAUCUUGCGUUCACUCAUAAAUAUUCUCCGCGUUCCGUUUUUUUCUCAAAUCUAUAAGUGCAAUUAUAUUCACCUUACGACGAGAAAUCUUUAUCAGAUGAAAUAGAAAAAUUAAAAAAAAAGAGAGAAAAAAUUACGACGAGAGAUAAAGAAAAGACGAAAACGAGCGAGUAUAGGCACAUCGCACGUAGGCAUCUAAACUUAUUAUUAUAAAAUAAGAUUUAUGAGAAGGGCGAGAAAAAAUUUUAAGGAGGAUGCUGAUGUAGUUAAAAUGAAAAAGAAAAGCUGUCGUGCUUGCACGCGGUUACAGUUUCUCUUUUGAAAAUUUAUAUAUUUUCGAUUUUUCGCGUGUUUCUCGAGUGUUAUUGAAAGAUUCAUUGCGUCACGAUCAACGAAGUGCUGGCCUGUUGAAUCAUGUUUCACGCGUUGGUCAUAUAAAUGACGUGGCUCCACUGACUGGGUAUUCGAUGACUUGAUUAUUGUUUUUUCAUUGAUUUUGUUCGACGAUGCGAUAUGUGUUUUAAAUUUAUUUUUGUACGACGAUUAUUUUUUAAUUAUUCGGAUCUUUCUUUGUCGAAAAAAAUUGUACCUAAACAAUGAUUGUCUGUGAUAUUUGUUACUAGAUUUUGAAAAAAUCUAGGUGUAAAGCUUAUAAACGUUUUCUUUUUUGAAUUACCUGUCUUGCAAAGGCAAAACUUAAAAUUUUUUAUGACUUUAUGCCUAUAGUUUUUAUAAAAUUUUUGUGUUUUUUGUUUUCAUGCUUGAUGCAAGCACAACAUUUUUCCGUUAAAAAAGGUCAUCGAAUCUCGUCGGAAAGCUCACGUGUAGGAUUUGAGCGCGAAAAAGGCAACACAUAAAUUCUUGUCUGAAAUUCGAGUUUAAUUCAGUAGAACCGUAUUCGAAAUGAGUUUUUCAAAUAGUUAAAAAUUGCAACAGUGAACUCAAUCAACGUUUUCUUUUCCAACAAUUUUGAUAGUAAUUUGUAAUUUUUUAUUUUCUUGCGCUCAUUUCGAAGCUACAUUUCCAACCAUUGUGCCACUGGCAACAAUGGAAACGUUCGAGGCAAACAAAAGCAAAAUUUUUAACCACGAGAUAAUUUUGGCGAGAUCGAAAAGCAUCUGAUAUAUAAAAUAGGCUCAUUUCGGCGAGAAACUGCGAGUUGCGUUUAAGCUCAUUGUAAUUAGUUUUGAAGGUAGCUAUUUCAAUAGUAUAAGGGGAAAAUGCGCGGCGCUGAUGCUAUUUGUACGAUAGAAUUGGCGCUUUAGUUGUUUGUAUAUCGCGUUUUUUCUAUAUGCACUCUGUCACUUCGUCCGAAUCUGUUACUGCGCAUCAUCGCGACAUCCAUGAGUCUAAUAAGUAUACGAAUGUAAAUUAAUGAUAAUCUCGAUAAUAUGCGAUUACGUUGAGAGAACAUUUUUUUACAAAACUUAAGUUAGUUGAUCUAACUAAGGCUUUCGUUAAAAUUUCUAUUGUAAUAAAAGAAAUUAUUCUUUUUGAAUCUAUAUGGCAUAUUAUUCGCUAAACAUGCAUUAUAUUGUUGAUUGGUUGAUUAUUAUAUCGCGUUAUCGCGUCGAGGUGAUGCGUCAGUGCCAAAGCGGACGCGAUACAAAGUUAUUAAAUAUAACUAGGCUAAGGUAAAGCGACUUUUAUCGUGAAGGUUUUUAAACAAAAAAAAAAUAACUAUUUCAACUACAGUGUGUAAACGGCAAGGAAAUGAAAAAUCCUGACAGAUAAUUAAUGAUAAUCGAGCUCCCGAAAGAAAUAAAAAAUACACACACACACACACACACAUUCAGCCCCGUCGUCAUUAGCUCUUAAGAUAUAAUAUACCUAUGAAAUGCGAAAAGAAGGAUAUAUACAAGCGUUUUUAUCCAGAUUGAACCGCAACUUCAUCCAUUUCCCACCGCGCAAAAUACAAAGUCUCCUACAGCGAAUUGAAUAAAAAAAAACAACAAAUCAAGCACACGCACAUGCACACACACACAACAAACAAACACAUACACACACGCAAACACUACAGGCAGUCUGCUCUCAAACAGCAUAAAAUAUAACCAAACUACUAGCUAAAUCCUGAUACCAGGUCGUCUCCGUACAGUUAUAAAGAAGACAAUACGCGUCGGAUAAUGUCGAAGUGGUCGAUCGAAUCAAGGAGAAGAAAGACCGAUUUUUCUCGAUCGCUCUAAACAGACGUAUGGGAAAAGAGGCAUCGAAAUUCGAUCAAAUCUGAAUUCGCAACAAUAAGAACACACGGAUUUUUUCCCAACUCAUUCAACGACCAAAAGCUAAGCAUAUCAAUCAAUGGAACCAAGCACGAACAUGUGUAUUUUCUUAACGAAGAUUUAGCUGAAUGACGAAGAAGAAAGAAAGAAACUCAAGGUACAAAAUACUGAGCGAUCGAUACAGAGGUUUGAUUGGCCCUUCGAUUUACUCCGAAACGCGCGUCCUCGACAGCAGGUGUCGCGGGUUGCAUACUCACCCGGGCACCACCUAACCGACAAAUCGGCAACAACACACUCGAACAAUAGACGUGCCGCCAAUGGCACACCAGGCAAUGUCGCAUUGCGACCGAUUCGAGACUGACUCUUACUGCAGUCGUGGUGUAUAGCUAUAAUAUUACCGCAGAGGUGAGAAUACAUUUGGAAACGUGUUCUUUUCCGUGGAAAUCUGCAGACUGAGAGUCAGUCCGGCGUCGAUGUGACCCAACCAGUUAUAUGCAUAAAUAGGUAACAAACAAAAAUAAAAAAUAAACAUAAUUAUACUACAGUUUAACAAUACUACUACUACAACAAAAUAACAAAUAAACAACAAUAUUCUACAAAAGUAUAAGGCAUCAUAUCCAGCAGUGAUUUUUAAUAAGCGAAGCAAACAAAUUUCUUAUAUAAUAUAAAUAAUAAUAGGAAGCAAACGGACCGUCCCCAAGUGGCGGAGCUCCCCUCAAAUCAAAACCUGCAGUCAGCACACAUGAAGUAAAAAAUAAGUGCAGAUGAUUAAAAAUAUAAAAUAAAAAAUAACAAACAAACUACUAUUAUAAACAAAGAAGGUAUAUAUAUAUUAUAUACAUAUAUAUAUAUAUAUAUUAUAAAUAAAUAUUAACAAAUGUAAAAGUAUAUUAUUAUAUAAAAAAAGCAGGUAAUGCAAAAGAAGUACUAUCUUAAUUAUUAUUCUUAUUAUUAUUAUUACUAUCGUUUUUUAAUUAUAUUUAUCAUCGAUCAUCAUCUAUCAUUAUUAUAGUCACGCAAAUUUAAUGAAGAAUUAAACAAAAUAAAUAAAGCAAAGUAACAUUCCAACCGUCAAUGUGCCACACAAUUUUUAUAUUCUCUUGAAAAAAAAAUAUGUAAACGGAAGAUCGAGGGAACUGAACAAAAAAGGAAGAAAAUUUAGAUGAUGAAAAACAAGAAUUUGAAUUUCAAGACGAAGCGGGAAAAAGGUUAGCGAGAUUUCGGGAGACUUGUAUACCAAAAUAGCAACCGCAGAUCCAUACGAAUUUCGAGACGAUAUAAUAAUAUAUAGAAGAGAUAGAUAGAUAGAGAGAGAGAGAGAGAGAGAGAGAGAGAGAGAGAGAGGAAAAUUGUUUCAUGUUUCCCCCUUGUCCCCUCUACUAAGGACGAAUUUUUCGUGUACAGUCGUAAGAUUUAACGGUAAUAGUCGAAGAAGCCGACGAGAGGAAAAAAGUUAAGCACGAAGUUUAGAGGGAGAUGGCGCGCAUCUUAUAUAGUUUUCGCGAGUCAACUGAGUCUUUCUUUGUACAUAUGAAUAUCGACGACGUUAUGGUAUAUAUAUAUAUAUAUAUAUAUAUAUAUAUAUAUGCACAGACAUAUACAUAUACAUACGAGAACUCGGGGAACUAAUUGCGAGAGAUGUCGUGCAGGUGAAAACAAUGCAAGUAUAUAGGCAUACCUUAUACUUUUAUUUUUGUUCGUCAAACUGACUGUUCGCCGUUGCAUUAAUUAAACGUAAUGAGACAAAUUAGAGGAUUAAAAAAGAUGAUAUGGAAAAACACAAAUGGGACACGAAUUUUUCGGAUAAAAAACAAACAAGCAUGCAAACAUUUCGGUGGAAAACAAAAGAGACCGAGUGCACUAUUUAUUAGGUAAACGAAAAGUAUAUGAAACAUACGGAUUUUCGAAUUUCAAAUUUCAAAGCACGCAGCCAAUCACGAUGAGCAUUACGCCGUGAUUUCAAAGUAAAGAGUAAUUAAAAUGAAAAAAAUAAACAGUACAUUAAGGGAUGUAAUUCAAUAACAAGAUUAUAAACAAGUGGAAAAACAAAAAAAUAAAAAAGUAUUCGCUACGAUCGUUGUUAUUAUUACUACGAACUGCAAACUGCGAGUGUCGGUAUGAAGAUUGAUUUUAAGAUGCGAGAAUGCGCGAAAAUUACUGGACAAAUGUAUAAGUGUCUCAAAGAUGAAGCGAGUAUGUGCACCCUUUUUGAGUAAAAUAAAUAUAUAAAUACGACUAUACUUUCCAUAAUAUCGUAUGUGCGUGCGUGUGUGUACUUGAAAAUAACAACAAUUGAUGAAAAAAACGGUAUAUAUGUCGUGUGCGUGCAUCGGCUAAGUGUAUAGAGACACAGAACAAGGGGAUACGCGCGCUGCAGUGAUAUAUAUUAUAAAUAUACAUACAUAUACAUACUAUUAUUGCUAUGAUAACGUUAUUAUCGUUGGAAUACUGUCCAACAGCCCGAUACGCGGAGUAUUCCACACGAACCUCUGAAAAUCUAUAUUAUAUAUAAAUAUAUGAAUAUAUAUAAAAGUAUAUUAUAUAUAUUAUAUUAUAUUAUAUUAUACGCAUCGUCAUUUACAAAGAGGUGAGAUAUAGAGAGAUGACAAACAAGUGGACAAAAAACGACGAUAAAAGAAGUAUAUGUAUAUGAACAAAAACAAAAAAAA